AUGGAAGAUACUCGCGAGACGACUUUCUUUGAAAAGAGUGCUGAGAGCCCACCGCGAUCCAAGCCUGCCCUGCCGAGUCCAAAGUUGACCCUCAAGACCAGCGGGUUGUCAGCGCCGACCCAUGCGCGACUGGCCCGGUUGAUGUCGCCACUCUCCGCAGGGACAACGUCCUCCUGCUCGGACACAGAAUGGCAGCAGCAAAUGCAAGGGUUCGACGAUUUGUACGACGCCACAGACGACGAUGACACGGACGACAAUUCCACCGAGGUCAGCGACUCCUGUUUCUCGGCGCCGGGAACCCAGCGGUCCAGCUUGGUGACACCAAUCACAAGAAACUCGGUCACCUCGACGGGCAGUCGUGGCAGUCGCGGCAGUCGCAAAGGUGGAAGCCGACUGACCCUCGACAUUCCCUCACCCACGGUAUGGCCCUCCAUCAAUGGGACCUGCAAGAGUUCGCCCAUCCCGCCGACACCUCCUCCCAAGAUUCCCGUAUCCCCUGCCGCGCUCUCCAUGCUCGGGCGACCUGUGCCUGCAUCUUAUGCCCCGCCGUCGCUGGAUGGCAGCAUAUCCUCCGAUCAGGAAUCCAAUCUCAGUGCGCUGGCGACCCCAGACUCGCAUUCGCUUCCCGACACCAACUGGGACGCACAGGAUAUCCAUGUCCGGCCUGAUGUGGAUGGGAGUGAUAGUGAAGACCUAAGAAAUCCCGAUAGUAGUCCGGACCUUCAGGAGGUAUCGAUUGCCAUUGAAAGCCCGCAGAAUGACUGGCGCAAUGUCCUUGGACGUUUCCCUCAAAUUCCUACAGCUCUUCAUAACGACUCGACCUCCUCAUUGCCGUAUGAGAAUGAGGAGCCAUGCGAAGAGCUGUCCCGGGAACCGACACCCUCAGAUCAAGGCGUCUAUUUGCCAGAUGGGGCGCUAGCAGUGCUGCAGCAUAUUCCGUUGAAUCGUACGCCAGAAUCCUGGUCGGAAACGUCGGGUGACGACGAGAUGUGGCAACUCCAAGCUCCCCCGAGCUGCCCACGAAGCACAGACGGAGCCACCCCAGGCUCAGACUUGUCCGGGUACAGUUUCAGUGAAUUAAGUAUCCCGUCACCCGGUGGCUUCUUUGCUUCAUUGGCUCCGCGUGCCCGUCACACAUGGUCGAUGCCGGAUGAGAAUUACCCGCCCACGUCGGCCAUCGCUGAAGGUUUCUAUAACCUGCCUUUCCCUCGAGAUCAAGGAGAGAUCGUCGAGCAGGUCAUUGAUUGGCCUGGCCGCUCACAUGAGGAGGAUCCCGACACGGCGAUUCGAGACGAGGAUGGCCCUCCAACUUCCAUUCGGGUCCCCUGCGAUACGCCCACUCGACCUAUCACUCGACAAGACAGCCACAGCCCGAUGAGUACGAUGUUCGAUGCGGUCCAAGAGAUUACUCAGCCCGGGAAUGUGUACGAGUAUGAUGAGCUCUACGACAAUGAGCUUCAGAAACGGGCUGCGGCGAGCCUCGACCGAACUAGUGUAUGGCUCUCCGCCCAGGUAUCCUACCUUGCCGCUCUAAAUGAGACCAAUCCCAUCAAUGAAAUGGAAUCAAGAGAGAACUCUGAUGUCGCCGAGGCGUCAUCCGAGCAACAGGCAGACCCUGACGCUGCUCCCAAGAAGGCCGUUCGAUUUGCCGAGGGUGCGCCUGAGUCUCUUAGUACCUGUCCGCCAAUUCUUUCCAGCAAGGACUCCAUCUACUGGCGAGGCUUCCAGUCAAUCCGACAACGGUCCGAUAAAGUUGAUGGGUUCCUCCACCGCAACAUGCGCUUUGAUGCGAUCCAAUCCUUCCGACUGGGCUUGAUUGACAUGCAUAUCAAUUGCCUCCUGGGCAAAUACGAGCUUGUCCAUCCGGAGCGGCCCGCAUACAAGGGUCCAUUCUCCCAAGCGCCGCGCAACUCAAUCAUCACCUCCGUGUUGGCUGAGAAAGCGCAAUUCUCUAAGCUUGAGAAGGAGCAGCUCGUCCUCGCCCAGCUUUGCCAACCCAUGUGGGCCAUGGACGCUCUCCGAUGUCUCAACCGUGGCAAGAUGCUCACCAGUCCGGUUGAAAAGCAAGCUACUCGAACCCGAAAGACGCCCAAGACUCAGAAUGGACAGCAGCCACGCGCGGUUCGCAUUCUAGACCUCGGUGGCCAUGCUUCUUGUGAAUGGGGUUGGCAUGCGGCGCAGGAUUUCCCAAACACCAAAGUUUACUCGGUCGUCAAUAAGACUCAAGUCGUCAACAGUGCCAUUAAGGGCCCGUCGAAUCACCGCGUGGUCUCUGUUGAACGCCUCUGGGAGCUUCCAUUUGGUAAUAAUAAGUUUGAUGUUAUUACCACUCGCUCCUUACACGCUCUGUUGAGAACGGAAUGUCCUGCCGGGCUUGAUCGUGAUGAGUACGACUUGGUCUUGAAAGAGUGCCGCCGUUGCCUGAAGCCAGGUGGAUUCCUCGAGUUCAUGGUGCUAGACGCAGAAAUCUCACGCGCUGGCCCAUAUGCCUCGGCGUCUUCAGUCGAGUUUGCAUUCAAUCUCCGCACACGUGGGUACGACCCCGUCGCCUCCAGAACCUUCCUCGCUCGCCUGCGGCAAAAUGGCUAUGUUAAUAUCAAGCGCGCCUGGAUGUUCUUGCCCAUGGGUAUGGAACCCAGUAAACCGGAGCCACCAAGGGAGACACCGGCCCCGCGGAUCCCGAGUCAGAUUGAAGAGUACGAGGCGGUGCAGGGGCCUAUUGGAAGCACGGGGGAUAUUGCCAGUGUCACCGGUAUUCUGGGUGGGUGGAUGUGGGAGCAAUGGCUCAUCCGCUUGCGGACCGAGAUGGGUCAUGAACGGGCCAAGUUACUCGAGGGAGUUGGAACAAUAUUUGAUGAGGGGAGGAAGAAUGGAGCAGGCUGGACCUGCUUGUCGGGGUGGGCGAUGAAGCCGAAACGUGUGAAACAGAUGGUUGAGCACCGUAGGAAAGUGUCGACCUGA